UUGUAACACAAACGUGAAAAUUUGUAAAGUAGUUUUGAUUUGUGUUUAGUUUUGAAUUGGACAAACGUAGAAAUAAUAAUUUGAUUUUUCAGAAUUUUUUGCUUAGGCUUCGUGUUCGUUGGUAGAAAUCAUGGAUACAUUAGCCUUGAUCGCUUUUGGAAUAAUACUAAUUAUACUUAUUAAUGUGAAAAUAUUCAUAGCGGUGACUACAGGACGAUGUACAAGUAAAGCGAAACUAAAUGGAAAAACUGUUCUUAUAACCGGUGCCAAUUCAGGUAUUGGAAAGGAAACUGCAAUCGAUAUGGCGGCUAGAGGAGCAAGAGUCAUUCUUGGAUGUAGAAACUUAAAAUCCGCUGAAGAUACGAAACAAGAAAUUAUUUCAAAAACUGGAAAUACAAAUAUUGUGAUCUAUCAAAUAGAUUUUGAAUCAUUAACGUCUGUACGAAAAUUUUCAAAACUAAUUCAUGAAAACGAAAAUCGAUUGGAUGUUUUAAUAAAUAAUGCUGGAGCUAUGGGUUUGGGAAAUAAAAUUACUGAAGAUGGUUUACAUAUUAUCAUGCAAGUGAAUCAUUUUGGACCAUUUUUAUUAACAAAUUUACUUUUGGAUUUGUUAAAGAAAUCUGCACCCAGUAGAAUUGUGACGGUUUCUUCAAUGGGACAUAAAUCUUCAUCACUUGAUUCAGAUAAUUUAAAUAAACCAAGAUCUGAUGACUUAAAUUAUUUUAAUUCUAAGUUAUGUAACAUCUUAAUGAGCAACGAAUUAGCAAGAAAAUUAGAUGGAACAAAUGUGACAUCAAAUAGUUUACAUCCUGGUGUAGUUCACACGGAAAUAACGAAACAUUUACCGUGGCACAAGAGGCUUCCACUGUCGUUUAUAUCCUGGUUUUUCUUUAAGAAUGCUCAAGAAGGUGCUGAAACCACAAUCCAUUGUGCAGUAUGUGAAAAAGUAGAUGGAAUUUCAGGAAAAUAUUUUCAAGAUUGUAAAGAAUAUUGGACAUUACCUAUCACCUCUAAUAAAGAACUAAGUGAGAAAGUUUGGAAUAAAAUAUGUUUUUUAAAACUAUAUGUGAUUGUUACAAUGGGACGAUGUACAAGUAAACGAAAAUUAAAUGGAAAAACUGUUAUUGUUACAGGAGCUACAUCAGUAUUUAUUGAUAAUGGCAAAUGA